AUGGCAUUCAACGGCAGCCGCGGCAUUGACGCCAACGACAAGGACGACCAGGAGAGAUUCGACAUUGUCCUUGCUCCUUACCGCAAGAACAGAAGACUUCUCAGAGUCAAGAGCCUCCCGUUUGCGGAGACCAGGGCCCGCGUCGAGGCCUUCCUCGAUUCGAAGCUCGCCAAGCCGGAGCUGAGUCGCCCGUCGGGUCAUGAUGGAGUCGUGUUCCUCUCGUUCAGAGAGCGCAACGACUGUGUCAGGACCGAUCGAGACCUCAAAGGGUCAUGUACCCAGGACCAAGAGGCACCCGCGAGUUGA